AUGGGUGUUCUAAAUUUCAUAACUUUGCUUUUUCUGUUGGCAUUUCUAAUGGCACUGCAACAAACUCUAAGCAUGCUGCCUGUAUUCUCUCCCAUACAAGACAUAAAUAUGAAGCGCACUCCUUUAUUUUUUCAUGGAGGUCACUUUCUCUCGCACAAAUUGAGAUGCAGUAAAUUCUUGAACGCCAGAAGGAACUCUAUUGCCUUGUCAUCACCAUACUUGAAAAAUUCGGAAUUGCUGAUCAGUAAUAUGAAAAGAAGUCGUCUCCGAGCUUCUAAAGUAGUAGAAGAACUGAAGGCAGAUGAUGGAAAAGAUAAAGGAGAAUCCAGUGCAAUUGAUGGGGAGGAUGAUACUUUUGUUAGUGAUGAAGAAGAAAGAAAGGUAUGGAGAAGAAAAAUUAGAGAAGUAAUUGAUAUGAAUCCUGAUGUUGAGGAAGAGGUGGACCCUGUCGAAAGAAGUAAAAAGAUGCAAAAGCUUUUAGCUGACUACCCCCUUGUUGUGGAAGAAGAUGACCCUGAUUGGCCUGACGAUGCAGAUGGACGAGGUUUUGGUUUAGAUCAGUUUUUUAACAAGAUCACUAUUAAAAAUGUCAAGAAGGAUGAUGAUGAUGAUGAUGAGAAGUAUGAUAGUGAAAAUGAAAUUGUAUGGCAAGAUGAUGACUAUAUACGCCCAAUCAGAGACAUUACUGGUGCAGAAUGGGAAGAGGCUGUUUUUAAGGACAUAAGUCCUUUAAUUGUUCUCGUUCACAAUCGUUAUAAAAGGCCAAAGGAGAAUGAAAAAAUACGAAAUGAAUUGGAGAAAGCCAUACACAUUAUAUGGAAUUGCAGGCUACCAUCUCCCAGAUGUGUAGCUCUUGAUGCUGUAGUCGAGUGUGAUUUGGUGUCUGCUCUUCAAGUUUCUCAAUACCCAGAGCUUAUCUUCACGAAAGCAGGAAAGAUCUUACACCGAGAAAAAGCAAUCCGAACAGCAGAUGAGUUGUCAAAAAUUAUGGCAUUCUUUUAUUAUGGAGCAGCAAAGCCACCUUCUCUGACUACUUCCGGAAGUAUUGAGGAGGCCAUCCCUCCCAUUCCAGUUGGCAAUAAUUAGAACCAAAAGUAGGAAUUAUACUGUCUGCAGUCGGUUUACUUCAGAAAGAGAGUAGCGAUCAUGAAUAUACAUCAAUUCAAGGUGUUCAAAGUUUCAGUGACGUACAAUUUCUCUGGGAAAUUAGCAGAACUUGAAAUUUUCCUUGUACGCAACUUCAAAAUUCAGUAAAUGGUGAUGUAAGACUUCUGUUUGUUUGCCUACCAUGUUAUUAUAUUGUGAAGAUCUAUAUAUGUUGAAGUGAUCUCUAUAUAUGAUUUAUACAUUUGUUGUCCGGCCUUAAAAGGUUUUAAACUA